AUGAAGAAAUCGUGGACAGUGCCACUGUCCUCCCCUUUACAAAUGGGCUGUUGCGUUGACCAAGCAGGAUAUGGCAUCAUAGUUCCUCAGUUUUCUGGGAGUUGCAUGGAUGGCAAGGAUCUGCUCAUCCAGACGAAAAGAACUGAGUUGUACUUUGAGGCCCUGGACACCGGGGUUGGGAAAUCGAGCAUUGUGUGCCGAUUUGUCCAGGAUCACUUUGACCACAACAUCAGCCCUACCAUUGGGGCAUCUUUUAUGACCAAAACUGUGCCUUGCGGAAAUGAACUUCACAAGUUCCUCAUCUGGGACACUGCUGGUCAGGAGCGGUUUCAUUCACUGGCUCCCAUGUACUAUCGAGGAUCUGCUGCCGCUGUCAUAGUGUAUGAUAUUACCAAGCAGGAUUCAUUUCAUACCUUGAAGAAAUGGGUUAAAGAACUGAAAGAACAUGGUCCAGAAAACAUUGUAAUGGCUAUUGCUGGAAACAAAUGUGAUCUCUCAGAUAUUAGGGAGGUUCCCCUGAAGGAUGCUAAGGAAUAUGCUGAAUCCAUAGGUGCCAUAGUGGUUGAAACAAGUGCAAAAAAUGCUAUUAAUAUCGAAGAGCUCUUUCAAGGAAUCAGCCGCCAGAUCCCACCCCUGGACCCCCAUGAAAAUGGAAACAAUGGAGCAAUCAAACUUGGGAAGCAAACGGCACCAGGCAGCCGGCGCUGCUGCUGACUGAGGAUCAUGAUCCAUGGUACCUGAAGAGCCAGUGAUCACGUCCCCAUGCACUGCUGAAGGACCUCGCUCUCGGUGCCCAGCACUCCACUUUGAGAAGAGUGAGCACCCUAGAAGACCUGCAGGGAAUGGGACAGGAAACAUUCCUGAGAAAAGAUUUCAGAAAACUCUGGAAAACCCUCACCACCACCACCACAGAAUGACCUUUCUGUGCAAGAGCUGCACACAGGAGGGAUUAUACUUAUUAUCUAAUAAGUAUAAUUGCGUUUUGUUGUCAAAAACCUGAAAAAUUUCUUGGAUUUGUACAAAAAUCUUGCUGCCUUAUUAUGUAUGUGGGAUUCCAAGUUGACAGUCCCCACUGGUUUCCUGUGUUACCGAGCCAAAUUUCAGUAGCUUCUUCAAUGCCAUUGCCUUUGUCACCUAACCAGCCUUCACUAAAACGUAAAUUUAAUUCAGAAGGUUAGUUAUUAGCUGGCUUUGGAAGUAAGCCUUUAUUUAUUACUUUUCUGAAAGAAAUCAGAAGUGUAAUUGGGCCAUCACUCAAGCUGAGAUUUGAGCUAUUAUAAAAGAGGAGAAAGAUAUAUUAGAAACUGCUGUCUGUAUCUCUUAAUUGAUUAACAUAUUUCUGAGUUUGGUUCAUAAACAAACAAACAACCCAAAUCAGACUAAAAUAGUUCAUGUAAUUUUGAGAUUGAGAGGCCUAGUUUGGAAGAGUCCAUUACUUUGUGAGCAGGGAUAGGUGUAGGAUAUAAAUAUUAUUCAAGAGACCACUUGCCUUGCAUCACCUCUACAGUAAUAAAUUCCCACUCUCCUAGAGAAGUUUAGUGAACAGAAUAUCAUAUUAUUAAGAAAAUACAUUAUAGUGUCAUAUCUAGGGGAAGAAAAUUAACUAGAGGGUGUUCGAGUCUAAUUGUAAGACAAACUUCUGAUAAUAGCAAUUAAUAAUAGGUUACAGCAAAGCCAGCCAGAGGAAGUAUUAGGACCUUAAAAUUCUAAACCCAAAAAUCUACAAAACUGAAAAAUUGUAAGUGUUGCCAGGGUUGGGGAGGACAGUAUUAGGCCUAGCCAGAGGUCUCAUCCUAGGUUGUCAAUGAACUGAGAAUAGGGUUCAACAGAAACUUUCUUUUUCAGGUUUCCUCUCUGCCCAAUUAAUUAAAGACACCUGAAUAUGAAGGAAGUAACAGGAGAAAAAAAAAAUUGAAAGGAAUAAAAGCUAGUUCCAUUGAAAAUUGAAAUUCUCUUAUUCUAAUUUCUAUAAAAAUGUGGGAUCAUGAAACCAUUGAUUUUUCUAUCAGGGCUUAUACUGGGAGGUGAUUCUUAAGGGAUAUUGAGAUCAGUACCUUUUGUAGGAAUUAGGAAAACUGCAAAAGCCCAGUCUCAGAUAAGGUCAGUUGUGCUGUGUGAUAGCAAGGGCCAGUUGGUACUGUCUUUGCCAUGAACUUUUUCAAGGACUCACAAACUUUUAUUGAUAACCUACAAUGUGAAAGUCAAGAAAGAGUUCAUGAGCUAAUUAAAGACCUUGAACUUUCAGUGACUCAGUCUGAGCUGGUGCUUAGAAAUAUAGGAAGGCUGUGCCCACCAUGCUCUUGACCAGCAAGAGACGCCAAGUCACAUCAUCAGCAAAAAGGUAGGGUUCUGGAGAGACCAGGGCCAAGCUCACAAUUUCUGUAUGUUGACUGUAAUCAAGGAAAUGGAACCAGGUCAGAAUCACAGAUUUCUGUUUUUCAACUCAAGAACGUGCUGUCAGUUUGAUGCUCUAACUGUUUUACCCUACUUGUGAGAGCUAAUGGACCAUCUCGGGAUGUGAAGGCUGGAAAAUGCUUAUUUUUGCUUCAAAAGUGCCACUUGGCUAUCCCAGACAAGUACCUCAAAAAUUGUUAGCUAUUGGCAUUUGAAUAUCCUGGCAGGGACUUUGCAAAGAUUUGCAGUUUUUUCUCCAUAUUCUCAACAAUACUUGCUGACAUGAUUCUGCCCACAGGCCAAGAAAUGAUCAUACCUUUUGCCAGAGUUUAAAAAUUUGAACUGAAAAUUGAAGUGACCUCUUUCCAGGUGACAUGCAAGCUUAUUUUUGCACCUUUCCUCAUCCAGCUUUCUCUGAGAACCUGGAAUUAUCUCCAGAUAGCUGCUCAGGUUUCCUAGCUACGCAGAAAGUUCCACAGCUGUGGGCUCGGUUUGUCGUGCUUGUAAUUUACAUAGAAUGCCAAGGUCUUAACCACAUGUAGCAAGCUGAUGAGCCCAUGGUUUUACUUCAUAAGCAUAUGAGGGUAUGAAACAGUACUUUUACCUUUCUAUAUUGCCUUAGACAACAUUGACGUCAGACAGAAAUAUAUUCUCUUCACCACUUGGAGCAAUUAGCAGAGAGUCCGUUGCACUUGAACGCACAAGUAUUCACAUAAACAUUUGUCUUUUCUCGAGAUGAAUGCUUGGGUCUUGUCCCCAAUGAGGCUUUCCUGCCUUCCUUUACUUCAGCUUGAGAUUACUUUCUGGCUAUUCUGUUCAUUGAACCAUAACCAUGUAACAUUAUGUGAAGGCCUAGAAAUGACCAUUGCUUCACAAUGCCAAGUAAUUUCAUGUGUUAUAACAUCUUGGACAUCAUUUUCCAAAAUUUACUUCCUGUCCCCUGUGUUCUUUCAUGUGUGGUGUGUGUAUACGUGUAAAUACAAUUUUGUUUUUGUUAUGCUGACAUGUAAUGCAUUUCAUUUGCUGAGCUUGGCUCAUGGCUAUGUGUUAUAUAAGUUAGGUAUGAAUUCUCACAGGGACUGUUUCCCAGCAGAAAUCCCUGAGAAUGGCAGUGGAGUUGCAUAAACAUUUUACAUAGGUACAUAAUUGACUUGCCAUUUUAGAGUUAAAAAUGGCACAUUAGGGUGCUGAAUAUGACAUUACCUUGCAGACUCAAAGGCUGAAGACCUAAAACUAAUUUUUAGCCAACAAUACAGGCUGUGCCCCAUUUAAACUGAGUUCAUUUUCAGAGGGAGGUUUGGAUGAUCAAAUUGAGGACUGUGACAGGUGGUAGCUGAAAUUGAGCUCCUUUUUGUGGGCUACACUUCUUACUGCUCUGCAGUGCUCAUGGCAAGUUGUGCAAUGAGCUAGCUUAUGUAAACAGAAAGGCUCCGCUGUUUUCAUACCAAUUAGGUAUCUAGUUUACCCUCUGCACCGUUUUGUUGAAGCUAAACCCAAUGAUCCGACGGCAGUGCUCUGUUGUGCAGACUCCUCCCUUUCUCCUGCCUGUGUAAAAGGCCUCCAUCUGGGCUGGACCCAGUCCCGGCACGUAGAAGACACCACUGCAGACAGCUUGGACCUUGCCACCGUGUAUCUAUUCCAUGGUAAAGCGUUUCCCUCAACAAUGCCCAAUUGUAUCUGUAAUUUUUGGUUGAACACAUGCUGAUUCUUACUAAUAAAUAUUCUAAGUUUA